AGUCAUCGCGUGCGGAUGGCCUUCCCGCGCACGGGGCAUGCCGCCACCGGCAGGUUGCUAGCCACCACCACACUGACCCGCGGUGGUACGGGCACGCCGGCUGCUCGCUAGCCACCACCACUCCACACUCGCCAGCACGUCAACCGAUCGGUUCUUGAGUCAGCACAGUGACUCACGCAGCCAAUCGCGCCAUCAGCCGUUACUGAUUUGUGUUUCUCUUCUGAUCCGCCAUGAUCCACUCGUUCUUCAUCUUCGACAGACACUGCAACUGCAUCUACAGCCGCGAGUACACCAACGGCGAUGCCAUCAACAAAACCAACGACUCCGACACCGCCAAGCUCUUGUUCGGCAUCCUCUACUCGUUGAAGAACAUCUCCGGCAAGUUGGCUCACACCAACGACGACUCCGGCUUUGCCCCCAGCAACAACACCCUCAAGUCGUUCACGUUGGGCACCUACCGCGCCCACUACUUGGAGUCGAUGACGGGCCUCAAGUUCAUUCUUGUCAGUGACACCCACAUCGACAACCUCCAGCCCGUGCUCUGGGAGCUCUACUCCACCCACUACUUGAAAAACGUUGUGCACAACGGGUUGUCGCCCGUGGAGUUCCUUGCUGAAAACGAUCCCUACAGCAAGAUUUCUAACCACAACUUCAUUGUCCAGUCGGACGCGUACAUCCAGUCGCUUCCAGUGUACAGAUGAGGUAGUAAGGAUCUACAGAAAAUGCGUACUAGAUGAUCUUUAGUGGAGCACAGCUGGGUAGCAUAACAAAAGAUGGUCAACAUAAACAGCUCUGUUCUUUGGGUCCAACCAGGCUACGAGAUCGAGGCAGAUCCGCAAAACAGUGCAAUUGAUCAGGAUAGGCUAAAUGUACUAGUGGUCGAGAGGUGAGUAACGCCCUUACCUACCGGGAAUCUAAUACUUUUUCACUGAUGGAGACAAUUAAUUCCAGCUCCUGGACACUAUGGUGGUAGUGAUCCAUUAGUGAUUCAAAUCAGAGCUCGCCUG